AUGGGACUGUGGUCAUUUCUGAGUGUUAUGGCUUUCGUGUUGCUAUACUCAUCUCAUCCCAAGUUUGUGGCUCAAGCGGAAGUGAGUUCUCCAAAUGCAAGAUUGUAUCGCCUGGAGGUAACACUGCUGGAGGCACGUGCAAUCCGAAAAUCAACGGAGGUUAAAUUCGACAAUAGCGCAAAAGUUGUCAUCGCUUCUGAAUCGGAAGCAGCCGUUGCUUUGAACCCGAACAAUGGCGAGGAAGAAAGGAAAGAAACACAGAGCGGACUUGAAAACGGGGCGCUGAUCGGCAACAAUGUGACACCUAACUGUCACAAGCGUCUCAAAAUACCAGGUAAAAAGUGUGAUAACAUAUCCGAGGACGACCAAGGGGACUCUGCAGCGAAUCUACUGUUAGAAAACACAUUUCCUGAGAUAAAAAAGAGGGCAAAAAGGAGUGUGCGUUCAGCAUUCACCAACAAUGUGGAUCGGAGUACAAGUGGAGAAGCGCAGUCAAAAGAGAGGUUUGUGGAGACCGUCCAAGGUGUUUCCAACUCCAGACCCGAGUACCGGCGCACGGCGGAGGAAACCAAAGGGUCUAACCCGAGGCAAAGUGAGCCACACCUGGACACCUCUACUUUUGCUCUAUCGGGAGACUCGGCGCACAACCAGGCGAUGGUGCACUGGUCCGGACACAACAGCAGCGUGAUCCUGAUCUUGACUAAGCUGUAUGACUUCAACCUGGGCGCUGUCACUGAGAGCUCACUCUGGAGAUCUUCUGAUUAUGGAAGCACCUACACCAAACUCAACGACAAAGUGGGCUCAAGGACCGUUUUAAGUUACCUGUAUGUCUGCCCUACCAACAAACAGAAGAUAAUGAUGCUUAGCGACCCAGAGGUAGAGAGCGCUGUUCUCAUCAGUUCAGAUGAGGGUGCAAGCUUUGAGAAGCAUCCCAUCAACUUCAAUAUCCUGAGCCUGCUCUUCCACCCUGCACAGGAGAACUGGAUACUAGCUUAUAGUCAUGACAACAAGCUGUACAGUUCAAUGGACUUUGGGAGGAAAUGGCAGCUCAUUCACGACAACGUGAUGCCAGGCCGAUUCUACUGGGCGGUAAUGGGGCUGGACAGAGAAUCCGAUGUGGUCCACAUCGAGACGCGCAUCGCAAAAGGCCGCGCCCGGUAUGUGAAGUGCAGAGCCCAACGAUGCACAGAAGGAAAUAGAGUGUACCUCUUCCCUGGACAUGUCGACACCAACUCACUGGUUGUGCAGGAUGAAUACGUCUUCACACAGGUAACCAAGUCAGGACGAGCCAGCUACUUUGUCUCCUACAUGAGAGAAUCCUUCAAGCGGAUGAAAUUACCGAAAUAUUGUCUACCAAAGGACAUGCAUAUUAUCAGUACGGAUGAGAAGCAGGUAUUUGCUGCAGUGCAGGAGUGGAAUCAGAACAACACGUACAGUCUGUAUAUCUCAGACUCCCCCGGGGUCUACUUUACCCGUUCCCUAGAGAACCUGAGGACCAGCAGAGGACCCGGCGGUAACCUGCUGGUUGACUUCUUUAAGGUCGAGGGGAUAAACGGCAUGUAUCUCGCGAACAAACUGCUGGACGGUCACGUCAAGACGUUCAUCUCCUACGACAAGGGGCAGACGUGGGCCCUGUUGCCAGCUCCUGCCACUGAUGUGGCCGGAAAUAACCUUCACUGCAUUUUGCCAUUUUGUUCGCUGCAUCUUCAUCUGGAGAUGUCGGAGAAUCCAUACACGUCUGGACCCAUCACCAGCAAAAAGUCUGUGCCAGGAGUCAUUGUGGCUGCAGGGAAUAUCGGAACAGAGCUGUCCUCCUCUCACCUUGGGAUGUUUAUAACAUCUGAUGCAGGAAAUAGCUGGAGACAGAUUUUUGAAGAGGAGCACAACGUUUGGUUUCUUGACAAUGGAGGGGCGUUGCUUGCCGUCUUGCAUGCCGUAACGCCUAUUCGACACUUAUGGAUCAGUCUAGACGAAGGAAAGAAAUGGGACCGUCACAGUUUCUCGUUGGCCCCUCUGUAUGUGGAUGGAGUUUUAAUGGAGCCAGAGUCUGACAAUCAUAUUAUCACUUUCUUUGGACACUUCGGUCAUCGGUCAGAAUGGCAGCUGAUAAAGAUCGACUACAAAGGCCUCUUUAACAGGAGAUGCAUGGAUGGAGAUUAUCAAACAUGGCACCUGCACAACAAGGGAGAGCUGUGUGUGAUGGGCGAGAAGCAGCUAUUCAUGAAGCGGAGGCCAGGCAACCGGUGCAUGCUGGCCCAGGACUAUUCGAGGAUCUAUUCCUCAGAGCCGUGUCUCUGCACAUCCUAUGAUUUUGAAUGUGAUUAUGGAUGGGAACGCCAGGCGGACGGGAAGUGCUCUCCUGCUUUUUGGUUUAAUCCAAAUGGUGUGACUAAAAGCUGCAGCACCAGCCAAAGCUUUCUUAACAGCACAGGGUAUCGAAAGGUUUUGUCGAAUAACUGUAAGGAGGGAGGGAAGAACGUGUACUCGCCCAAGAGGCAGGCGUGUCGUCCCCGACCCCCGCGAGGCCUGCGGCUGUACACCAGUCAAGGAGAGCUCAGUGCCACUGUGGGAAGCAACGUUACUUUCAUGGUCUACCUCGAGGAUGGAGACUCGUUGAGGACCAGCAUCCAGCUCGACUUCGGGGACGGCAUUAAGAUCACAUACUCCAACCUGAGCAGGACCGACGACGGCAUCAACCAUGUCUACAGAACAACUGGGAUUUACAGAGUGACAGCUUCUGCUGAAAACAACCAGGGAUCUGACAGCAGCACACUGUUUUUACACAUCACUAGUCCAGUGGAGCGCGUAUAUCUCUCCGCUCCUAUUGUAGCCAUCAGGGGGAAGGAGGUUAAUCUGACUGCAGUGGUGUGGCCGAGUCACACCAGAACACUGACCUUCUUCUGGUGGUUUGACAACAGCUCCGAGCCCAUUAUAACCUUGGAAGGAAGCAUUUCAUACACAUUGCAGAGAGAGGGGGAAAACAAGGUCACGGUCCAGGUUGCUUCUGGGAGCAGCGUAAUGCAGGAUUCCAAAGUUAUAACCGUUAAAGAUUUCUUCAGGUCGCUGCUGUUGUCAUUCUCGCUAGCUCUUGAUGAGCACAAUCCUGACAUCCCAGAGUGGAGGGAGGACAUAGGUCGCGUGGUGCGGACAGCUCUGUCACAGGUUUCUGGGGUCCCUGAAUAUCAGCUUCUGGUGUCUCUGUAUCCUGGACUGCCAUCUACAGCAGAGCUCUUCAUCCUGCCCGAUGAACACACAUCAAGUGAGAACAAGAGGGGGAGUGAGGAGGCUCUGGAGAUGAUAUCAGAUACUUGUGUCACUGCCCUGAACCAAGGCCUGAUCCAGUUUGAGCUGAAAGCAGAUAUUCACAUUAUUGUGUACAUGACUCAGCAAACUUUGGCACCACUUGUGGAUUCAAACUCCAUCCACAGUGGGUCAGCCAUGCUGAUGCUGCUCACCGUGGUCUUCGUUGGUUUAGCAGCAUUCUUCAUCUACAAGUUCAAAAGGAAAAUCCCUUGGAUCCACGUUCAAGCUGUGGACAGUCAUGAGAAGGAACCGGAGGGGAUCAGUACAGUCGGUCAGAAUGACAACAUGUCAAAGGUCAAGCUCAGUGAGUUUCCCUCCCCGAAAGAGCUCAUGGAAAAGGAGCUGGAGGCCAGGAGGAGAGGAGGAAUUGGAAGAAAUAUGGAGAGAAUUGUUACAAGGGAAUUUCCAAACUGUACUAACGUCUAAGACUCUGUUACUGAGGAAGUACAGAGUGGUGUGGUACAAUUGUGCUAAAGCUGUUUGUUUUGUCGGCAUUGUUUUUCUUUUUAUAUACACAUUUCACUGUGAUAGCCGCUAUCGUUCAAAGUCAUGUUUUUAACCCACACGGGUAGAGUAAGUAUCUUUAUAAUACCGAGCCAGACUCCAGGGCCUCUAGUUUCAGGGCGGUGCAUUGCUGUAAUUGGCUGAUAAUGUUAAGCCAGCAGAAAAAAUCCAAUUAGCCUCGAGAUUCCGAGCUCGACAUCAACUCCUUCUAUUUUAUGAAUACUCAGCUGCCAUCGUGUACUUUUGAUGAAUGUUUCACUGCCUGGGACAUGUCAUCGUUUUUGCUAAUUGGGAGGAAAAUAGCAUUGGAAAAACAGAGUUGUUGAAAUAAUAUACCUCAGAAGCUAUAAGAAACAGUUAAAUAAGAGGAGUAUCAAUAAUGUAACGCUUCAGUACAAAAGACAUAGUGUAACGGCUUCAGCGUAUAUGUUUAGAUUUUUUAUAAAGUUAAUUUCGAUUCAGCAUUGAAUGACAGAGAACGAUCAUGACUCACUACAAGGACAGUUAUGCGUUUAAGGAAUAUCAUAAUACGGGGCUUAAAAUUAUGAACACAUUUAAUGGAAUAAAAAUUAGAUCUUAACGGUACUUUUUUUAUAAUCUUUCCCUUGAACAGAUAAUUUAACCUAGAAGGCAAUCAAAUUUCUCAAGUGUGACCUUUUUAUUUAGUUUUUAAAUUGUUCUCUUUUCCUUAUAUCCAGAAAAGAUCAUAUAACUGUUAGUUUUAGACAUAACACAUCUUACGCUGCCUCAAAAACACAGAAACAAAAUGUAUGGGUAAUUCUAUUCAUCGUUUUGUGUUUAAUUAGCACAUGAACUUUAUUCUGUAGAUAAAUAUUAAAUUCGCCGUCCUAUAACUAGAGGUCUUGACUUGUAAAUAUACACAAAUUAAUAUUCAUAAAAAAAUUAUCAAAAUCUGACUGUUGUGAAUGCGUAUAAGAAAGGAAUCUGUAGUUGGUUGUGCGUUGUAAGUUGACAUGGUGCUUUAAAUGACUCAUCACAUGAUGGCACACAAAGAAAACAUUUUGAACAUGAAUGUAUGGCCUUAGAAGUAGAGAUAUUGUAAACUUGUACAUAGAGAAAGAAGGAAUGUAAUGGUAUGUA